CUCCAGCUCAGGCUGCUGAGUGUGGGAGUGCUGAUUUGCUGGAACUCAUGGCGCUGGGCAUUCCUGCACGCACGCUGCCGCUGCUGCUGCUCCUACAGCUGCUGCUCGUGCCGGACAGCUCUGCAGGUGACGGUCCCAGCAGCUCGACCUUCCAGAUCUACAACGCGGCCCACGACCGCUGCCUGGAGGCCAAGGGCUCCACCACGGGGGUGGCGAAGUGCGACGCCGACGCGCCGGCCCAGCGGUGGCAGUGGGGCUCCUCGGCCACCCUCUUCGCCGCCUCCUCCCCGGGCCUGUGCCUCUCGGGGCCCCUCAAGCCCGCCGAGCUCAACCCCGUGGAGCUGGCGCCGUGCGGCGGGCGGCCGGCGGCGGCCGCGGCGACGGCGGCCACGGGGGGCGUAGCGGCCGGCAAGGUCGGCCUCCUGCAAGCCUGGGAGUGCCGCAACGACACGCUGCUGUCGCUGAGCGGAACGGACCUGCACCUGAACUGGCGCGGGACCCAGGGCUCGGUGGCCGUGCUGUUCAGGGGCAUGCUGGGGUGGAGCCGCUGGGUGUUGUGGGAUACCCGCGACAGUCUUUGCAGCCGCACCUACACGGCCGUCUACACCUUCGAGGGCAACGCCAAGGGGCAGCCGUGCCACGUGCCGUUCCUCUUUGAGGGCACGUGGUACGGGGGCUGCACCACGCAGGGGCGCAAGGACGGCCUCCUAUGGUGCGCCACCACCCCCGACUACGGCGAGGGGAAGUGGGGCUUCUGUCCCGUGCCAGACGACUCGUGCGAGCACUUCUGGCAGAAGGACCCCCGCUCCGGCUGGUGCUACCACCUGGCGCUGUCGGCGGCCCUGCCGUGGUACGAGGCCCGCAGCGCGUGCCGCCAGCGGGGGGCCCAGCUGCUGAGCGUGACCCAGCUCCACGAGCAGGCCUUCCUCUCUGGGCUGACGAGCUCGCAGGACAGCACGCUGUGGACGGGCCUCAACGAGCUGGACGAGCGCGGAGGGUGGCAGUGGAGCGACCACCGACCCUUCCGCUAUCUCAACUGGAAGGCGGGACACCCCACGGACGAGGAGGAUGCCAGUUGUGGCGCCUUCGACGCCUCGGCCCAGGGCCAGUGGGUCACCCUGGCGUGCUCCAAGCGCCUGGGCUUCAUCUGCCACAAGACCAUCGCCUCUCCCACGCAGCCUCCACCACAGCCAGCCACGGGCGCGGGGCCGCGGGGCUGCGGCGCGUCGUGGCUGCCCUACGCGGGCUCCUGCUACCGCCGGGCGGGGAGGCGCGACACGCAGACGCGCGCCCUGGCCGCGUGCCGGCGCGACGGCGGAGACCUCGCCAGCAUCCACAGCGCGCGCGAGCUCGAGUUCCUCGCAGCCCAGCUCGGAGGAGCGGGGGCGGGAGACGUGUGGAUCGGCCUUCACGACCGCCGCUCGCUCCUCUCCUACGAGUGGACGGACGACUCGGCGGUGGAGUUCACGCGGUGGAGCCGCUUCGAGCCGAGCGGCGGAGACCGCAGCGGAGAGAACUGCGUGAUCAUGACGGCCGCGGAAGGGCGCUGGAACGACACGCAGUGCGACCGCUCCUUUGACUUUGUGUGCAAGAAGGCACCGAGCGAGCCGGAAAUCCACGAGCCGGAGCAGGGUUGCAAACCGGGCUGGAAGCGCUUCCUCUCCGCGUGCUUUGUGUUUGACGCGGCGCCCCGGAGCCACGCUGACGCCGUCGCUCGCUGCGCAUCUCAGGGGGCGGCACUCGCCAGCGUCCACGACCGGUUCGAGCAGGCGUUCAUCACCAGCCAAAUCGGCCUGGGCUCGCUGGGCUCCUAUUGGCUGGGCCUGAGCGACGUCGACCAACCAGGGACCUUCAGGUGGCUCGACGGAAGGCCGGUGACCUACACACACUGGGGAGUCAACCAGCCAGGCGGCGAUGCGGCGGGCUGCGUGGUGGUGGAGGCCGGCACCACGGCCGCGGGGCUGUGGAGCGUCAGGAACUGCACGCGCGGAAGGGCCGGCGCCGCGUGCCGGGGCCUCCCGCAGGGGGUCACGGCCCCCCCGCCCCCCACCCCGCCCGGCCCCACCCCCACCCCCCUGCCCUGCGCCGUCGGGUGGACGACGUUGGGCAACCACGAGUACUGCUACCAGCUGAACUUCGUGCGUCUGCAAGGGCGCCGCACGUGGGCCGAGUCUCGUGAGCACUGCCGCCAGCAGGGCGCCGACCUGCUGAGCUUGCACGACCGCUCGGAGGCCAUCCUGCUGCACAAGAUCUCCAGGCGUCAGCCGUUUCCAGAUACCCACUACUGGAUCGGCCUCAAUAGCCUGGACCCGGACAAGGGCUUCGUGUGGAGCGACGGCACGCCGGUGUCGUUCAAGAACUGGGGGCGCGGGGAGCCCAACAACUACGGCAACACGGAGCACUGCGGCGAGGCGAAUCGGGGCUGGGCCUCCGAGUGGAACGACAUCGACUGCAACGCGUUCAUGAACUGGGUGUGCAAGGUGGCACGAGGCGUUGCUGUGAAGCCACCGCCGACAGAGCCGGCCCCAGCGCCGGGGCCGUUGGGGUCUCAGUGGGUGGUGCGUGGCGAGGUGGAGUACCUCCUCAACGACUCGCUGAAGCUGCCCUUCGUGCCGGCGCGGGCAGCCUGCCGGAGCCUCGGCGGCGAGCUCGCCUCCAUCGCUGACAAAGAGGAGUGGUUCUUCCUCUAUCGGAAGGUGGCGAGGAUGGCGCGUGACGAGCAGUGGUACAUCGGCCUGGAGCUCGGCAUUGAACGGAGACCUCGCUGGGUGGAUGGAACUCCCAUCACGUUUGAGAAUUGGGCUCACAACGAGCCCAACGACGCCAACAUGGAGGAGAGCUGCGGCACGAUGUACUCCAGGAACGGGAAAUGGAACGACAUCAACUGCGGCGUGCCCCUGGUGUUCAUCUGCGAGCGCAACAACGCGUCGGCCGCGGGGCUUCCCACGCUCCCCCCCACCGCCCCCACUGCCGGCGGCUGCCCCUCCGACUGGCUGCCCUUUGGAAACAAGUGCUACAGGUUCCACUCCAACGAGUCCGAGUGGGACACGUGGAUCAACAGUCGCAACGUCUGCCGCACGGCCGGGGGUGACCUGGUCUCCAUUAACAACUGGAGGGAACAAGCCUUCAUUGUCAGCAACCUGGCCGCGGUGAACGGCAGAAUGUGGAUCGGCCUCAACGAUCGAAACAUGGAGGGGCGCUUCCUGUGGACCAGCGGCGUGCCCGUCCUCUUCACCAACUGGGCCCCGAAGUCUCCGCGAUCGACCCACAGCAGGCAAGACUGUGCUCUGCUGCUGGCCACCAGCAAGAUGGAGGCCGUGGGGCAGUGGGAGGACGUGCACUGCGAUGGGAAGCACGGCUUCAUCUGCACGCAGAACAAAGACCCAUUGCUGCCGAACCGGGAGCAAGCGGUUCCGUUGGCCGGCUUCAUGCGUUUUGGCGACGCCGAGUUCCGGGUGCUGGAGACGCCCCUGGGCUGGACGGCGGCGCGGUCGGCGUGCCGGGCACAGCGGGCGGACGUGGCAAGCGUUGUGAGCCCCUACGAGCAGGCCAUGCUCGCCCUCAUCGUCCACCUCACGAGGCCGCUCUGGAUCGGGCUCAACGGGAACCUGACCGGCGGCGACUUUGGCUGGACCGAUGGCUGGCCGACCUCGGUGACCUACUGGGCGCCGGAGCAGCCGACGGACGCCGGGAGCUGCGUGGCCGCGGCACAAAAUCAGGGCCUCUGGACCGUCGCCGACUGCAGCAGCAAAAUGCCCGUGCUUUGCAAGAAGUGGCACGUCAAGCCACCGACAGUCCCUCCCGAGGUGGAGGGACGCUGCCCGGAGGAUCCGAAGGGCACGGCGUGGGUCCCGUUCCGCAGCAGCUGCUACCUCUUCCAGAGCAGCAAGACCAUCACCUGGUCGUACGCCAUCCUCAUCUGCAACCGCCUAGCAUCUGUGCGCUCAGAGCUCCAGGUGGCGAGCCGCUUCACGCAGCCGCUCAUUGUGAACUCCUCCGCGGUCGCGACGCGGUCCGUCGCUUUCCGCCUCCUGCUCGUGCGAGCGGGCAAGUGCGCCCUGGGGGGCACGGCUCCUCACACGCGGCCCUGCCCCACGGGGCAGACGGCUCCUCACACGCGGCCCUGCCCCACGGGGCAGUCGGCUCCCCACACGCUGCCCUGCCCCACGGGGCAGUCGGCUCCUCACACGCUGCCCUGCCCCACGGGGCAGUCGGCUCCUCGCACGCUGCCCUGCCCCACGGGGCAGUCGGCUCCUCGCACGCUGCCCUGCCCCACGGGGCAGUCGGCUCCCCACACGCUGCCCUGCCCCACGGGGCAGUCGACUCCUCGCACGCUGCCCUGCCCCACGGGGCAGUCGGCUCCUCACACGCUGCCCUGCCCCACGGGGCAGUCGGCUCCCCACACGCUGCCCUGCCCCACGGGGCAGUCGACUCCUCUCGGCUCCCCGCAGGGCGGUCAGGACGAGGUUGUUGCCCCGCGCCGCUGCAACGAAGCCCGACGGUGCCCAGCCACGAGCUGA